AUGUCUGAAAACAUAAAUCACGAAUAUUUUAAUAGAAAAUACUCAGAAUGGAGUAUCACGGGGUUCCUAAAUGAAUGUAAUAAAGAACCGUUCCGAUUAAAAAUAGAUGACUAUCUAAAAAGUCUUCAGGUCGUGAUUAGCAAUGAUCAGGGAAAACGACGCGAAAAGGCGCAACAACUAUAUGAUAAAUAUAAAAAGGCCACUUCUUCACCAUUCAAGUCUAUUAGCCGAGCCACAAAACCAAU